GUGUACUCGAUGUCCGGCAGACACUAUCCGUUGAAGACCGGUGAGUUGACCUCGGCCGUGCUGGAACGCUUCUUGAUGCGAUAAAUAAUUCCCGAGUGCACGCUACGGUCCAGAACGACACCAUCAUCAGUCGAGAAUGCUGGAUUAUCAUCCGCAGCUGGAAACUGGACACGUUUCAGACAUCAGGAACUUGUCUCCGUCAAAGCCAUGCGUGCCAAGCUGCGAGGUGAAAGCUGUGCAAGACGGCACCGUUCCCGUACACGGAGAAGGAAGACUCGGUUCUGCUGACUUUCAAGGACAUCGUGUUCAGACCACCACCAAUUAGUAAAAUCAAAAUACCAAGAUCGUUGCCCUCGAUGGACCAAUUGAUACUGGCGGCAAGUUAGCCGAAUUAUGAGCAGUUGCAGUUGAGUCUUUUUACCGGACGGACGCGUUUUUUAAUUCGCUCUACACCUUAUUUUUAUUUACCUUCACUGACCCAGUCCACAAACGUAAACGUAAACAUAUUUAUUUUUUUUGUCGCGCGUCGCGUGUGCACUUAUUAACAAACGUAAGCAAAAUGCAGUGCUAUGUGCCGACGUGCUCUUCACCCUUCGACCAACAAUACCUCUGGAACUGUACGGGCAUUUGUAAUCGACAAUUUCACGCAGCCUGUAUUGGGGUCAAACGUGGCUCCGAAGACGACUUGCAACUACAUGUACUUCCUAUAUGCAGCCUUUGUCGAAAUAACCUACAUAUGGAAAUCGACAUUAGAAAAAUAAUGCAGCAUCAUUUAGAAGGCAGUCAUAUGAUCUUGACUCACAUCAAGACCAAUGACAAGACAAACCAAGAAGCCCUUAAUGAACUGCAUAAUAAAAUCAUAGGCCUGCAGGAAGAAAUUAAGAAAUCUGCAGAAAUCGCAAGUCGAAUACUUUCGGCAGUAUUAACACAGGCACCGGCAAUGGACUUCCCCUUAAACGAAGUCAGAAAAGCAUUUGAAGACACCACCUCGGACCAGAAUCAUAAACUCGCUGAAUCAUUCUGCCGUAUCCAGGAAAUUACGUCAUCCCACCGGGAUGACAUAAUUAAAACAAUUGCCUCAGCAGAAAAAUGCCCCUCGGACAUAAUUUUAGCAGUCCACGAUGAAGUGAGGGCCCUCACUUCAUCCAUCAAUAAACUGCAAGACAAUGAAAUUGAAGUCCGGCAAAAAUCACUGGCAGAAGAAUUAAACGAACAAACCGUACUGGAAAUCGAAUCUGGCUGGCGACUUAUCGGCAGCAAAAAAAUUUGGAAGCCAGACUGGACCGACUUCGACGCCAGGCAGCGGACUCGCCGUCUUCAGGAAAAGGAAGCCGAAAAACACGUCGCCGCAACCGAAAACAUCGUCAACAAAUUCAGCACCAGCAACAACAACAAUCACAACAACAUCAUCAGCAACGCCGGCAACAGCAACAACAAUCACAUCAACAUCUUCGUCGGCAACAGCACCAGACCAACUGCAACUCUGACGCAGGCCGAAACCCAAGUACGCCACAUUUUAACUUAAAGGACAAUCAAUUCGACCAGGACAACGCAAGUAGCAGCAACUUUUUCACUCAUUCGUCAACCAAAUUGUCCGACAAGGAACUUCUAGACCAGGCAAGGGUCGAAUUUUCUGGCCAACCUCCAACUACAUCGAAUUCAAACUUCAUCAACUUCCG